GGAUGGGGACAACGUCGCCGUUCUGGGGAAUACUGGCCGACAGAUAUGGCCGGCGAAAUAAUCUAAUGCUUGCGUCGGUUGUCGUUUGGUACUUCGGUCUGCUGACGUCAUUCAGUCCGUCCUAUUUCUGGAUUCUCCUGCUGCGGGGACUUGUGGGUGCGGGGAUGGCUGGCAUGCCGCAUGGGAUCACACUACUUACUGAAUAUCUUCCACAGAAGUACAGGGCCAAAAUUCUUAUAUUUGGAUCGGUGUGCUGGGCCACGGGCACGAUGUUCGAGAUCACCCUGUCUGCCAUCGUGAUCCCGCGGCUUGGCUGGAGGUGGCUCCUCGCCCUGUCCUCUAUCCCCUGUUUCGCCAUCAUCGUCCUCUUCCGGUACCUGCCGAUGUCGGCCCGGUACCUGGUGGGCGCUGGACGCAAGGAGGAGGCAUUCAGGAUACUGCAGUCCAUUGCCAAGAUCAACAAAACGCAACUUCCAGAGGGCGAACUGGUUGAGGAAAUGCAGGACCAAAGAGGGCACCCGAAGCUCCUGUUUUCCCGCUCUUACCUCCGUACGACGCUACAACUGUGGGUCCUGUGGUUCGGGACUGCCCUCACUUAUUAUGGAAUGGUUCUGGCCAGCGCUGAGAUACUUCAACUGCACAACGCCAAGACCGCAGGUGGGCAGACGUGCAAAUGCAGUGGACUGAAAACUGACGACUAUGUCUCCAUGAUCUUCAGUACUCUUGGAGAAUAAAUUUCGUUGCCGCUCAACAUGCUCCUCAUCGACGUCAUCGGGCGACGCUACACGGGCGCCGUGAACUUUGUCGGCUGCAGCGUGUUCUUCCUGCUUAUACAGGUGCACGUGUCCCAGGAGGUGCUCACGUUCUUCAUCUUCAUGGUGCGAGGUUUCUCUACUGGCAUUUUCAACUUCGUCUAUAUCUACACGACGGAAGUUUACCCAACAUCUAUACGAGCGUCUGGCCUAGGUACCUCGUCUACGUGUGCCAGGGUUGGAGCUAUGAUUACUCCAUUUCUUGCCCAGGUGCUCCUGGACGCCUCUCUGUCGGCAGCUGUGUGGGUUUAUGCCUGCAUAUGUUUCGUGUGCGCUGCGGUGGCCGCCUUGUUGCCCAUAGAAACCAAGGGAAGGGCCUUGCCGCAAAUAGUAACAUGAGACAGUUUCAAGUACACAGACUGACGUCAUCGCUCGAUUAAUUGGACAUUUUACAGCACAACAAAACCAAUUCACAGUGUGCAUACAACUUGUUGUUUUUGUUGUUGUAUUCUAUAAAUUCAGUUAAGGUUUUAGAA